AUGGUGCUCGUCGACGUCGCGUUACUGUCCACUGGUCAGCGGUAUCCGAUCGACCCCGUUGGUCUGGAGCCCGCGGUGCGCGACCCUCUUGUGCUCGUCAGGGUCGCGCUGCUCGACUCCCCGGUGCACGUCGCCGAGCUGAUUGUCGCAGUUGUGCGCGUCGGCGACGCGCUGCUCGAUCCCUUAGCAAGACCCGUGGUGCACGUCGCCGACGCGCUGCUAGUCCCGCUGGCCCCCGUCGCCAGGCUGCUUUUCACGGUGGUGCUGGUCAACGACGUGCUCCUCGACUCCGCGGGGUGGAUCCCGUGGUACUGCACCCAGUUGUGCUCGACAGCGCUGGCCAGCGACAUGUUGUCCGACUCUGUAGUGCUAGACCCCGUGGUGCCCGACUCCGUUGUGCACGACACUGGCAUGCUGGCGUCACUGGUGCACGUCGUCGCGCCGCAUGUUUCGGCAGUGCUCGUCGGCAUAGUGCUGCUCGACCGCGCCAUGUUGGAUCAGGUGCUUCACGACGCCUCUGCGCUGGUCAACCUGGUUGUGCUCGUCAGGGUCGUGCUGCUGGUCCCCGUGGUGCUCGUCGCCGCGCAGCUCGUCUCGGUGGUGCACGCCGGUGACGUGCUGCACGGCUCUGUGGUGCCCGGCCCCGUGGUGCUCGUCACCGUCGCGCUGCUCGACUCACCAGCGCUCGUCGCCGUGCUGCUUGUCUCAGUUGUGCUAAACAACGACGCGAUGCCGGACUCUGUUCUGCUGGAGCCUGUAGUGCUUGACUCCGUUGUGAAGGUCCUCGUCGUGCUGCUCGUCUCACUGGUGCCCAUCGUCGAGCUACUGGUCUCAGUUGCGCUGGUCGGCGACGUGCCACUGGACUCAGUAACCGGAGCCUGUGGUGAUGGCCAAGGGAACAAGACACAAGGGAGUCGGUUGCACACCGUGCUGCUCGGCGAAGUGCUGCUGGUGUCCGUAAUGCUGGACAAGGUAGUGCUGCUCGACUCGGUCGUGCUGCUCACCGCGGUGCUGCUCAGCGUAGUGCUGCUCGUAAUUGAUGUGCUGCUCGAUGCCGCGGUACACGUCAGACUGGUGCUUGUGCUGCUCGACACGCUCGUGCUGGUCAAAGUGGUGCUGCUAGAUUUUGUGGUACUUGAGUCGGUCGUGCUCGUUUGUGAAGUGAUACUCGAUUCCGAUGAGCUGGUCAGUGAUGUGCUGCUGAAUGCUAUCGUUACAGUCACCGAUGUAGUGCUUGACUCAGUGGUGCUGCGCAGCAUGGUGCUGCUUGAUUCUGUCGUGGUGCUCAGUGUCGUGUUGCUUGAUUCCGUGGUGCUCGAGUCGGUCGCGCUGGACAGGGAGGUGCUGUUCGAUCCUGUGGUACUGCUCGACUCCGUAGUGCACGACUCGGACGUCCUGGGCAGCGACGCACUGCUCGAUCCCGUGGUGCUCGACGCUGUCGCGCUGGUCAACGACGUGCUGCUUGACUCGGUGGUGCGUGAGCUGGUCGUGCUGGACAACGAGGUACUGCUCGACUCUGUGGUACUGGAGCCAAUCGUACUGGUCUCGGUCGUGGCUGGUCAGCGGGGUGCUGCACGAAUCUGUGCUUCUGGAGCCAGUCGACUGGUCUCGGUCGUGCUGGUCAGCGGAGUACUGCCCGACUCUGUGGUACUUGAGCCAGUUGUACUGGACUCGGUCGCGCUUGUCGGCGAGGUGCUGCUCGACUCUGCGGUGCUCGAACCCGCGGUGCUGGACUCGGUGGUGCUGGUCAGAAAGGCACUGCUCGACGACGUACUGCUCGACUCUGUGGUACUUGAGCCGGUCGUGCUGGUCAGCGAGGUGCUGCUCGAAUCUGAGGUGCGCGAUCCUGUAGUGCUCGACUCGGUCGUGCUUGUCAGCGACUUGCUGCACGACUCUGCGAUACUUGAGCAAGUAGUGCUGGUCUCGAUCGUGCCUGCUAGCGCGGCGCUGCACGACUCCGUGGUGCUCGAUCCCGCGGUGCUCGACUCGGUCGUGCUGGUCAGCGACAUCCCGCGCACCGACGUGCUGCUCGACUCUGUGGUACUUAAGCCCGUCGUACUGGUCAGCGAGGUGCUGCUCGACUCUGUGGUAAUUGAGACUGACGUGCUCGUCUCGGUCGUAAAGGUUAGCGACGUGCUGCACGACUCUGUGGUACUUGAGCCGGUCGUACUGGUCUCGGUCGUGCUGACCAGCGCGGUGCUGCUCGACUCAAUGGCGUUCGACCCCGCGGUGCUCGACUCGGUCGUGCUGGUCAACGACGCGCUGCUCAGCGUGGUGCUGCUAGCUUUUGUGGUACUUGAGCCGGUCGCGCUGGUCGGCGAGGUGCUGUUCGACUCUGUGGUAAUGGAGCAUGACGUGCUGGUCUCGGUCGCGCAGGUCAGCGGCGCGCUGCUCGACUCUGUGGUACUUGAGCCCGUCAUACUGGUCUCGGUCGUGCUGGCCAGCGUGGUGCUGCUCGACUCCGUG